CGCCGUCUCAUCACACCACCACUCCGCCGCCCAAUCGGCUCAGUGGCGGGAACCGCCAAGACACAGCCCUCCAUUCGCCAUGAACUUUGUCCGGAAUUUGUUGACUCGAAGCUCCAAAUGUAUGGAGAACCAGGAAACUGAAGAAGAAGGCCGAGCGAGCUAUAUUAGGCCUAGCACCACCCGCAGCAGCACCAAGAGUUCUCGGGGCUCACCGGCUUCACCGGAGUCCAAGCCUCCUCCAUUGUUUGGAGUUCUUAGAUGCAAUUCGGGGAACUCAUCCACAGCAGAGCCCUCGAGUGAGAGCGAGGAUGAAGCAUUGCAGCUCUACGGCGAUGUUUGCCAGGAUGUGAUGAUGUGUGUGGCAAAGGUAGGAGACACCCGCCGAUGGAGAGAGGACCGCUUCGAGAAGGUGAGGCUCCUGCAGAACGCGGCGCGGAACCAAGGGCGUGUGGAGCUGAUGAAGGAGUUAUCCAGUGGCCGCUUUGUGGCGGUGAAGCGGAUGCCGAUCAGCUGGACGGGCUACAACCACAAGGACUUCGUGAAGCGCCACGAACAUGAACUGGAGAUGCCAUGGGUCGAUGUGGCCAUUGUCAAGUACCUCAGUAUGCAGCGUGUACAGUUCGUAUGUGACCCAAUUGGCACCUUCAGGGAUGAGAGUGAGACCUUCUUCGUGUCAACGUGUGCCGACAAAGGCGAUUUGUUUGAGUGGAGCCAGACCGGCCCAUUGCCUGGCUUGGAGCGUGAGAACUUCCUCAGACCGUUGGUCCGACAGUUGUGCGACGCGAUACGGUGCUUGCACAGCUUGGACAUCGCCCACUGCGACCUCUCUUUGGAGAACAUCCUCUUGAUGACCACGGGAGAUGGUUCGCUGCAAGUCAAGUUGAUCGAUUUCGGUAUGGCCGCGGUGAAGCAAUCAACUUUGGUGGGUGCUCGCGGGAAGCCCUCGUACCAAGCACCGGAGAUGCAUGUGGAAGCCUAUGAUCCCAUGGUGUCGGAUGCCUUUGCAUUGGGCGUGGUGAUCUUUGGGAUGGUGGCACAGGACUACCCAUGGCUUUCCACCAAGCCGGGCGGGUGCAAAUGCUUCCAGUUCGCCAGCAAGCAAGGCCUCCGUGCCUACUUGCAGAAGAGGAAGGCUCGAAACUGCAAUGGUGCGCGCCUAGCUGAAGUCUUCAGCGCAUCGAUGGUGGACUUCUUGGAGUCCUUGUUGCAGUUCCAGCCCCAGGACCGGACCAGGCUACUUGGCGGACGUUUUCCAUGGCUGGCUACUCCCCUAGAGCCCGUGCGCACGCGUGAGCUCUAAGUGAAGACGUCCACAGAGAAGGAAGCUGUUGUCGAGGGAUCAAG